AUGUGUAGUAUGUUUUCGUCAAAUGUGCGAUGUUUAGCAGAUGCGUCGGUUCACUAUCCGGCACAGCAGAAGUCGACGAUUUUGUUCGUUCUCACCACCGUCCGACGAGGGUUUGUUACCGGCCAUAUUUUUGAUCGUAAGUUCUCAGUUCCGAUCGACACCACCAAGAAUAGCUGUGGAAUCAAUUUUGCAUAUGAGUUGAUUUUCAUUGUAGCAGUCUAUGGUUUUGCUUCUGAUGGGUGGUAUGUUCCUUUCCCAACAUCAUUAAAUUUCUGUUUAGAGGUGAUGCAAAGGUGCCAGAAGAAGCGCAGAGUUAAGGGGUCAGGUUCAGAUUUGGAAUUGGAUUCUGAUGCCAAUUCUGAUGACCAUGAUCCUCAUACAGAAUCUAUAGCUAUAGAUGAAAGCAAAUGCGAAAGUAACCGAUUGAGAACCGCCAUCACCACCGUCUGCUUGCAUCGUCGAUCUCCGCCAGCUUCAACCAUCGUCAUCCCGUCGUCACUACCUUCAGGCGAUGUACCAAAUCUCUCAUUCAAUAUCUUCCGCUUCUCGAUUGUUCUGAUUUUAACGCAACAGAUAUUCCACCGCCUUAACAUAGUUAAUCUUUCGCCUCAUUCUCAUUCAAUAUCCCGAUCCUUUCAUCUCUCUUCUAAUAGCUAUUCUGUAACGUCUUCGUCCGCCGGCGUCCACGCUUUUGGGUAUAGGCUAUUUCAGGUACAAAGAAAACGGAUUACGCCUGCGAUACCCAUGAGCAAUUAUGUUUGCUACUCUAGUACUCUAGGACCCAGAGUCGAAGACAAACCGCUGUUUGCUUACGAGCAAAGAAAGGGAGCUGCAGAGUACCCAUUUGCAGAAGAGAUUGACACACAUGAUUUGAAAAGGAAGGUGGUUGUUGAAGGGAAGAAAGAGAAAGUAUAUGAUCUUUCGGGCAUGUUUAUGGAUAUGCAGGGUUAUAUGCGUAUUGAUUGGACAUCUUACUUUUUUUUUCUUCCGGUUUAUGCAACAAAGUCAUGUUUUAUGGUUUGUCCAUGGGUAGGGGCUCUGACAGAGCAUGUUUUGUAUGAUGAAGUAAGCAGUUGGAAACAAACCUUUUGAACAUGUGUGGUGCUAUCAUGUCUGUCAUUAAUAAGCAUCUGAUUCCAUCUUCAUAUGCUGGAGCAUAUCUACUAUUUUCUGUUACAAAAUGUGAGUGUGGAGUCCGAGUAGGUAAUGUAAUUGUAGCUUCUAUUGAUAGAUUUUGACAUGAUGAUCAUAUAAAUAUUUGUUAUUUUAGCAUUGAUUGCAUUCACAUACGACAAUAUUGUGAUUUCUUCAAUGAUUUUAAUAUGUAAGCUUAAAAAGCAACAAGAUGCAAUAAUGGAGAUUUCAUUUAGGGUUUUCUGAUUUUGUUUGAUCAUCUUAAGAUGCAAAUUAAUGGG